AAGAAUUCCGUAGAUCCUUUGUCCACUUCUAAUAGCAAUAUCUUCGUUUAAUGUGAAAUCAAAAUUUGUUACCUAAAAUUCAAUUCAUACACAUGGCUUGUGUUCGCAAAUAUUGGUAUGCCAUAGUAACAGUACGAUGAAUAGUAAACAUAAAUAUUUGAUAAUAGUAUUGAUUGAAUAACAUAUUAAUUUUUAUAUACACAGCAUAUAAACUAAAUAGUAUUAUUUGAUUAAAAAAAAUAGUAUUAAUAGAUGAUAUUAUUAACACGUUGAUAGAGAGAGAGAGAGAUGUGACAUAUAUACCGUAUGUAUCAAUUUAUAAUCAAAGACAAAAUAUGAUUUUUUGUUUUGUUUUGGUUUUUGUUAUCAAAUUGUUUUAUUGUUUAUGAUAUAAGUAAGUAGGCAACAUUAAACUUGAUAGCAAGUAAACUCAGUGAUGCAAAAUCACUGUAACUGUGAAUAGUAUUCUAAUACUUGAUAUUGAUUUUUCGUUGUUUAUUUUAAGGAGACGAUUAAGUUAGGGUGAAUGAAAAGAAAACAACAUAAUAUUGUUCCUUUUCAAGGAGAGACUUAAGCUAGGAUGAAUGAAAAAUCAACUCACCUUUAUAUUGUCCUUUAUCGAAAACAACUCAACUCAAUUGUCAAUUAACUUCCUUUCAGAAUCAUCCAUCGAUGUAUUAGACUUUGAAAAUCUCUUCAUAGCGAUCACAUAUCAAUUGUCUAUUAUCAUGCGCGAGUCCUCGAAGAAAAGGAGGCUUCCUCAAUGGUACCGUCUCCCAUUCUAUUAUCUCCACACAUGAUAAGUCAUUGCUUAGAAAGUUAGAAAGUUGGUUAGAACAUUUCCAAUGUAAAAUUUCAUUUUUUUAAGUGAAGUAUUUUUCAUAAUUGAAUAGAUUUUUUUCGAACCCUACACUAGAGUGGAAAAUUAGUAAUGAAAAAAUAAAUAAGUACAUUAUUUCAUUUACGGAGUAAAUCUAUUUUUACUCUAUUAUAAAAUAGAAAAUUGAAUAAAAAUGAAGCAUUAUUCCAAAAUUCAUUAGAGUAAAAAUUAAAAUUGGGUUGAAUAUGCUCUUUAGAUGAAAAUUGAGUCAAGAACAAACAAUUUAAUCAUGUAUAAGGCCAUCCCCGCAUCGAAAUUCUUCACCAUGAACGGUCACCAAAAAGUAUUAUUAUUAAAUUAUUUUUUCAAAAGUUUAAGAAAUUCAAAUUUUAACAUGGAAUUCUUAAGUUUUGAAAGUUUCUCCUAUUAAAACAAUUUUACCUUUUAAUGGAUAUUCCUAUUGCAAAUGCUCUAGGACCAUGUCCAUUGCUAGGUCUGGGCGUUCAGGUCUUCGAGUCGGGUUUGGACCGGUUUUUUUCAAAUCCGGAUCCUUCGGUCCUAGACAUUUGGACUCUAUAGGUACUUGUAAAUUUUUGGUUCGGGUUCGGGUCGGUUCUUCUCGGGUCCGGAUUAGUUCGGGUCUAUAAUUAAAAUACAUGUAAAAUACCCGUAGUUUUCGGGUCAGUAUCGGGUCCGGAUCGAGUUCGGAUAUUUAGGAUCUGAAAAGGACAUGAAAUAUCCGAAAUCCAUCAAAUUUAGUUGAUAUUUUUCAUAGAUAUCUAAAAUUUUAUAAAAUAAAACAUUUAUAAACUCUAAAUUUUACAUUUUAAAGCUUUAUAUUUCUUAAAAAUGUUACAAAAUAAUAACAAACAUUGUAUUCAAAAGAUAUUUCAACUAAUCAUAAAAUAAUAUAUAUAAAAUACAAACAAAAAAAUUAUAGUUUUGGAUAUACAUAUUUUUAAGUCGGGUACGAAUAGGUUCUUACCGGGUCGGGUUUAUUCGGAUCGGUCUUUUUGGUCCAUGUCUGUCCAGGUCGGUUUCUCUCGGUUCCGGUUCUUUUGGGUAAACGAAUUUUGGAUCCAAAAGGUACUUGUAAAUUUUUGGUUCAGUUUCGGGUCGGGUAUUUUUUGAUCGGUUCCGGUUCGGGUUUUUGGGUCCAAAUUAAAAAUAUAUAACAAAUCAAGUAUUAGUAUUUUUAUUUAAUUAAGUGAUUAAAUUGUUUUUACAAAAAUUCUCUUAAACAUUUUUUUUAAAGGAUAGAAUAUUUUUUUGAUAUGCAUUUAUUGAGUAAUUAAUUUUCUUUUUGUUUUUAAAAAUCCAAACCACUUAAAAUGACAGCUAGCUAAUAGUGUUCUAAAGAGUAUCAUAUAGGUUCAUAUUUGAGAACCUGGUUCUCUAUCUCUCUCCACUUUUGUAUUUGUUUAAUUAUUUUUUUUCAAAUACUUAAGGAGAACUUGUACUUGGGAGUGCUCUAAUAUCCAUUUAAAGUGUCUGACCAACUAAAGGGUAUAUUGCACUUAAGAUGCACUCAUCAAUUACUCAAUGAAAUCACUUUCAAAACGUGAGAAAAUACAUAAAAUAUGAUGAAUGUUAAUUAACAAUCUAAACAUGCAGAAUUACUAUUUCCAAAAUGUGAUUAUAUGCCAAUUUUCUGUAUUGACUAUAUAUAUGCAAAUUUCCUGUAUUGAUAUUGGUAGGUCCAUGACCUAGAAUUUCAACUUAAAAUUUAAUCGAGAGAGUAGGAGAACUUGGCGGUGCACAAUCUAAAGCAACACUCACUUAAGAAAAGAAAACUGUUCUUGUGGUGCAAGUCACUGUACAAGCUUCAGUCGUUGUACACUUUAACUUGUCAGUGGAAUAUUAUAUAAACAAAAAAAAAAUCAUGUUAUUUUAUAUAUUCUGAAAAAGAGAAGAGGAUACUAUGCAUAAUGCAAUCGCAGUUCAUCAUGUUAAUGCGUUCUUAUCCGGAUCUCCACGUCCCUUUCUUUGGUCAUCCUGUCCUAUUUCGAUUAUUUUCUAUCCACCAAGAGUUAACAUAUCCUUAAACAAUCGAAAAUAGCAACAGAUUAGUGAUAUGAAGUUUUUGGCUAUGAGAAAGUGCUCAAUUAUAAUGAUAAACCUAUUCGGUGCAUUUUCCAACGGGUCCUCAGCAAUAAUUUGAGUGAAAAUUAAAAUCUUUUGUAAUCAUUGCAGAUUAACGAUAAGCUACCACAUAUAGUGCAUAUCCAGUAAUACUCUUUCCGUUUUUUUAAUAUAAGUCGUUUUAAAAUUGUGCACACAAAUUAAAAAAAUUAUUAUAUUUUUUAUAUUUUCUACACAAAAAUUAUUGAAAGUAUUCCUUUAAGUAGGAACCAGUUUGAGAAUAGGAAUGGAUGGCAUUUUACUACUAAUGGAAAAUAUUUAGUCCGAUCAGGUUAUCAAGUGGAACAAGUCUAUCCUGAUAAGGAAAAACCACCAGAUUUUUAUAGUCCUACAGUAGAUAUACUUAAAGCAUUAUGGCAACUUCUCUCGGGAUGUAUAUCGGUAAUGAAAAAUCUCAAGACAAGAGGGAUACAAGAAGAUAUAUGUUGUGCUCGAUGCGCAGAUCUGGAAGAAUCAAUUAACCAUGUAUUUUUUGAAUGUCCCCCGGCACGCCAAGUGUGGGCAUUAUCUAAGAUUUCGUCGUCUCCUAAUAUCUUUCCUAUCACUUCAUUAUUUGCUAAUAUAGAUCAUCUUUUUUGGAGAGUUCAGCCAAAGAUGGAUGACCAUCAGUUUGCAUGGAUUUUAUGGUAUAUUUGGAAAGUCCGAAAUAACAAAGUUUUUAGUAAUCUGGAUAUUGAUCCGAGGGAUACUCUUCAAUUAGCUGAACUAGAAUCAUCACUUUGGGCAGAAGCACAUGUGGGAAAUGACCCUACGAGGGGGCCUUCGGUACAGACCAGUUCCUCCCUAGCAACACAAGGUCGAUGGUGUUUCAUAGAUGGUUCAUGGAAAGAUAAGGAUUCUUUUUCAGGGCAAGGUUGGCAUAAUACUUUUCCGAGGUUUGAUGGUCUGUUAGGGGCAAGGAAUGUAAGGGCAUGUCUUUCACCCCUCCAUUCGGAGGUAGAUGCAUUGAUUUGGGCAAUGGACUGUAUGAAGAAUUUAAGACAGUUACAUGCAAUGUUUGCGACGGAUUGUUCUCAAUUGGUGAAGAUGGUUUUGGAACCAGAAGAAUGACCAGCAUUCGAAAGCUAUUUGGAAGAUAUCAAACUUCUCAAAAGAAGUUUCCUCAACUCAGACAUCGUCCAUGUACCUCAGACGGCAAACCUUCGGGCGGAUAGCUUAGCACGCAAUGCUAGGAAACAAUCGUCCUUUGUCAUUCACAUGGAUGCGGAGUUACCGACUUGGUUUACAGAGUCAACAUGAGUCUGUAAAUUUUUUGCUGUAAAAAAAAUAUAUAUAUAUAUAUUUUCUACACAAAAACAUAAUUAAUUAUUUAUCUAACUACAAAUCAACCAAUAAUAAAAUAGAAAGUAUAUUAUCAUUGGUCAUAUAACAUUAAGUAUUACUCCCUCCGUUUUUUUAUAUAUGACGCUUUAGGAUUGUGCACAUAGAUUAAGAAACAUUUAAUUUCUAAACAAAAAUAUUAUUAAUUGUUUACUUAACCACAAUUUAACCAAUAAUAAAAUAGAAACUAUAAUAUCAUUGGUCAUCUAGCAUUAAUUAGUAAUAAAUUUUACAUAGAAAAUUGAAAACGUCAAAUAAUUUGGAACAAAAAAUUCCUCUAAAACGUCAUAUAUAAAAAACGGAGGGAGUAAUAAAUUUCACAUAGAAACCAAAAACGUCAUAUCAUUUAGAACAUAAAAGUUUCUCUAAAACGACUUAUAUUAAAAAAACGGAAGAAGUAGUACAUAUUUAGAAAUUUACUAGAUCUACAUUGGUUGUAGAUCUUUCAAUUUUUGUAAUAUAAAAGCUCCAAAAAUGUAGCUUUAUGUAUUGUUUUGUAAGACUGCAAAAGAAGCAUUUAGAAAAGGCGUUAAGGAUACAAAAGAUUAAGAACCUAAGAAGAACAGUAAACAUCUGGCUAAAACUAUACUAAUAUCAAAGAAACCAUCUUUGCGGCGUUUGAAGUUACCCGUCUUCAUGUUCUGGGAACGACAAUUGGCAAGGAGGAUGGUGGUUCGUGUGGUCUUCGGCCUUCAACUUUUCUUGGGGACACCUUUUGGCGAUGCGCAUAUCUCUGUGUCAUUGGCUGAUUAUUUGAUCACCUUUGGCAGUGUUGUAUCACUAAUAUUUCUUGUAGGUCUAUGGAGCUUCUUCUGGUGUCGUUGCAGCAGCUUACUCAAGCCCGCUUUUCUGCAUAUGGUGUGUGGUGGUAGUGGUCUCAAUGUCGCUAAGCAUCCCUCCUGUUGAUUUGUUUUUAUUUACUAAAUAUCGGAUAUCGAGUUUCAUUUCCAAAGAAUGGUCUCUUAGCUAAUAGGUUCAGAGCUGACCUUCGUGAUUCUUUGUGGCUAGAGCUUAGGCGACCGGGAUGGAUCAGUUGAAGAUGGCGAUUCCUUUCAACGGUGCGAUCUGUUUUAAUCUCCCGGGUUUUGGUGAGUCGGGUUGAAGAAAAGAUUGUUGGGUGAUCUUCAAUUCCGUGUGUCGGCGUCUCUAUUGAGAAGGAAGUGAAUAUGAAGUGGUCGGCUUGAUAUUAGUGAAGUCGGCGUUGGGGUCUACGGUGAUGAGGAGGGACCAGUCUCGGUUUUUGAGCCUAGAUUUUUUUCCUUUCAUUGUUUUUUCACUUACUUUUCAUGUAAUUUUAGCGAUAAGCCUAAUCUAUUAUUGAGGAUUACUGUUUUUAUGUCGGUUAGCCAGAGACCUGUUUACGGGUGGUUCUUUAAUUUAUAUUUUAAAAAUAUAUAUCAAAGAAACCAAGGGAUAAUGAAAUUUGGUUUCACGAUAUUGAAAAAAAGAAUUCUAAAGAUGUUUCGUUUUGCUUUUGUUAAAGAAAACGAAAUGAUGUUACAAAAUAAAAAUGGGUACGCAUUUCUACUAAAAUUGUUGAGAAAGAAUUGCAGACAAAAACGAGUGAAGCAAAGUUGACGAUUGGAAAUUGCAAGCGUGAACAUGAAACUGAUGUCUUGUCAUUUAUUCCAUAUGUUGUUUUUUGAAUUGUAACAAUCUUUACCUUUUUAUAACUUAGAUCUGUCAUUAAUGACUUCAGCAUUAUAAACCAACAUAAAAUCACCUUGGAAAAACUCUAGCGGUCAAGAAAAAAAGAAAAAGAUUUUUUUUUAGUUUCAAGCCGAUGGCCGGAAGCUUCUAUAGCUCCGACAUCGGCUUAUUUGAUUUAUUUUGCUUCUUUUUCUUUGAUUUGCUUUACUUUCUAUCAUUUAGUUUGUUUAAAUCCGUCAACGUUUUUUAUUGUUCUUUUGUAUGUUUCUUCCAAUGGAUUUGGUAAAACCAAAACAUCGGUUCAAUUGAAACGUUUAGAAAAGAUAAUUGACAUAUCUACUGCAGAUAGUGGCGACGGGUCCUACCGGCUUCAAUCGCUGAUGGUUCUUCAUUUGAUGGUGAUGAAGUUCUUGCUGCAAACUAUGGUUACUUCGAAAGGCAACAUAAAAUUCUAUGGAAUGGUAAUCUCUUUGACUCUAUUAUUUUUAGUAGAGCAAUAUAAAGAGUUGUCUCGUCUCGGUGACUCCUACUGAAGUAUUAAAAAGAAAGUGGCAAUCGUUCCCAAUUCAGUUUGAAACGUGGUAUUUUUUUGAUUAAUAUAAAAAUUAUCUCCCUUGAGAUUCAACUAUUCCAAAAUCAAAUAUGGAGCUUUUAUAUAAAAAAUAUUUGGUCAUCCACAUGCAAAAUAGAUUUGUGUUAGUUUCAUUUGGAUCUAUACUGGUGUAUUAUUUUUCUAUAUUUGUUUUGGUAGUUCUUAUUGUUUAGAAAUUUUUGUCCAAAAGACUUAAUAAUACAAUCGAAAAAAAAAAAAAAGAAGAUCAGUCAUUAACAAUAACUGUAUGUGAUGUUAUUUUACUACACCUUUUUCUAGAGCCUGAGAUUAAAAUUAGACAAUUCGAACUUAAGCCUUUGGAUCUCUUGUGGCCAUUUACUGACGGGCUUUCUUAAUAGAAGUGGGCUUUGGGUAACGGUUCAUGAUAAAUUGCCUUUACUUUCACUUAAAUCUAAGUUUCUGUUUCAGUUUUGUUUGUUCAUGUUUUAGUCUAACUGUAAUAAAAUAUGGUUACCAAACUUAAAUUAUUUUAAUAAAAAAAAAAUCACUUAAAAUAAUAACAAUCUUAUAUAUUAAAACAUAAGUUACAACCAUUAAUGUUUUACAAGCUUUUGGAAGAUUUAUACUCCUUCUGUAUUUGAAAGAUUAAUGUUUUAGGAUUUACAUAAAUAUUAAUGAAAAUUAAAUAUAUAUUUUUGUCUACCAUUUUUAUUUUGUUUUCAGUUUUAUUUUUUUCAAUAAAGUUCUAUGUACCAAUCACAUUUUUUAAAGUUGAAAAUUUUAUUUUAUUUUAAAUCAAAAUGCAUUAAUUAAAAUCUACAACACAUUAUUUAAAUACAAGAAUAAAAAUCAAACAUCAAUUUGUUAAAUACGGAAAGAAUAUUUAAAAAUAAAUAUUAAGACCCUUAAUAAACUAAAUGUACAAGUUGUUAAAAAUGAUAUAGAACAAUCCAUAGCAUCUUUCGUUUCCAAGAAGAAAUCUGAUAACGCGAUUAAGAAAUCGAAGUCUUCGCCCGAAAUGUUGACUGUGACCCAUUCUUUGGUGGUUUUGCCGUUUCUACUUUGCUUUUUUGGAUCUAUUAAUAACGUUUUGCCGUUGAAUCAGUCUAAAAAGCCAACAGUUCAUUGGUUGGUUCAGUUCUAAGUCAUUAGUUUGGAGUUCUAUGCAGGUAGGGAGUUUGUAAUUAACGAGUAGCCAUUAGACUACUAAUAAAAGCGUUAACAAAGGAGAAACCAAAAAAGGAAAAGAUGUUAUAAACUAUAUAAUAUACUCGAGUAUACGAUCAUGUGAAUUACGUGCACCCCCCUCCCCCCCCCCUUUUCUUUUAGAAAUUAGAAGUUUCUCUCCCUAUACCAUAUUGAUACGCCUCAAUACUGGUACGUAAACUUCCAUUCAGUUUCCUAUUCCCAUAUUAUAAUAAUUUAAAACUAUAUUUUAAACAGGUUUCUUUGAAAAUUUGCUUAGAAGAUAAGCCUGCAGCCGACAUUGCCCAAGUCUAUAUAAGACCCAUACUUUAGCAAUUCCAACAUAUAUCAAAAAGAGAAAACCAACUCAGCCAUUCUAUUUAACAAGAAAAAAAGAAGAAGGUAUUGUAUUGUUGGCAUGGCAAAGAUCAAAGACGGUUCGCUACUUAGCCGGUUGAGACGAGCCGUAAAUAAAGUGAAAUUCGUGUUAAGUUUCAAGAUAAAUAGCCUCUGGGGUCUCGUACCAAUGCUUGGUUGUUCUUCUUCUUCCUCAGCUCUUCGGUUCAGUUUCAACGAUAGACCCGGUUUAGCAGCGGCUUGUGCCGAGGAGAAUGAAUCGGACUCAGCCUGUUCUUCAAGAGGAGCGUUGUAUAGAGCCGGGAGUUAUGAUCCAUCUUCAGACGAAGAUAUUGACAACAAAGCUGAGACUUUCAUAGCUAAUUUCUACAAGCAGCUUAAGAUUGAGAGACAAAUCUCUUUGGAACUUAAAUACUUGGGUAAUAAUCAGAGUUUCAACUAUAGGUCACCUUAGCUUUCAUACUUUUAUUUAUUCAUUCGUUCAUUUGUUGUAAUAAUAAGAUCCUAAAAUUUUCAUUGGGUCUUGGUUGAUGAUGGGGCCUGCUAUAUUUUUGUGGUUAGGCUUCACGUAUCAUCAUUACAUUUUAUAAUGUUGAUUGUUGAAUGUAAUGAUCACAUAAGAGAAAAUUGUGUUGAUGUAAUUAAUGUCAUUUGAUGGAUUUGCAUAUCUCAAGCAUUUGUUUUGUUUUGUUUUUGUACCUGAUUAUCUCAAGAUUUUGUUGCUAUUUUCCGUAGAAAGUUUUGGAUAUAUUGAAUUAUACUUGAUCAAGAAAAGAAGAAUGUAAUCCAUUCUAACUUGCAAAUUCGGAUUAGUAUUAGUGUGUUAACAUUUUAAACCUUAGCUUUACCGGUUUCAUUAUAUAUAUAUAUAUAUUUUUUUUUUCAAUAAUUAUUUUUUCAAUAAUACGCGCGGGUACAAAAUUGUAUUUAAAUCUAAGUUGUAUCAUGACAAUUCCAAGUUAGAGCAUGAUCCGAUACACCAAUCAUAUUUCUUGCAUCCAUCAUACUUAUCUUAAUUUUCCAGUUCCGUCGUGAUCCGUUGGCCUACUUUAGUCGAAUGGAUAUGACCUAAUUGUUCUGAAUUUGAAUAUUGGUCUUUAAGGGCAAAUACCUAUGUUGACUUUCAUUUUAGGCCAUCGCAAAUUCCAAUUUCAUCGUUAACUAAGGAAAUAUCCAUUUAACAAAAAAAAAACUCUUUUUGACUUUUGAAAACUAAGUCAGUAUAGUGGAUAUACAUAUUUUAAAAAAAUUAUGCAUGUAAAUCUAUAGCUAAAGUACGUGUGCAAAUAUGAGGCAAUUCAUAAAAAUAUCUGAGAUGUUUUUUUUUUUGACAAAGGGCUUUCAAAUUAAAACUUAAAUGUUUACAGGAUAAGGCUAAAUUGCCUUACAGAUUGCAUGAAUAGACUUCAUGAUAUAAAACAUCUCAAACCUAGCUAUGAACAAAGGUAGAAAUGAGUUAAAUCAACAAUGAAAUGGGUGAACGAACUAGCGAUUGGAUCCAAACAUCUGAGAUGGUUUCUCAGCCAAACUCUUUCCAUUACCAUUAAUAUCACAAAAUAUGAAAGGAAAAAGCAAAAGAAAGAGAGUUUGAUUUAUCAUAAAACAAAUUAAAUUAAAAUAGUAUUAUAUUAUGAGAGAUUUUUUUUGGAAGAGCAAUCUUAACGGGAGCAAUCUUUUUAACGGGAUAAUCCCACUUGAUAUCUAAUGGGCAAUUGUCAAUGAUAGCACAUUUUGAAGUUUAUGUCUCAAAAAUGAUACUAGAAGGAGAAAGUCACAAAAAUGACAUUCAUUAAAGGGUAAAAUAUCUCUAAUACCAUUGGUUUAAAAUUAAAUAAACAAACAAAAAUAAAUAAAAAUAAAUAAAAUAAAAAUAAAUAAAAUAAAAAAAAAGAAAUUUUUUUUAUAGUUUCAGAUUAUAUGUUUUCAGAUUCGAAAUUUUUAUAAUUUUGUUUUUGAAAUUUUUUUUUGAAUUUUUUUCUUUCUUUCAAAUUUUCUUUUUAUAAUUUAAAAAUACUUUUUGAAACUAUUUUUUAAAUUUUUAUUUUUUAUUUUAGUAUUUAUUUUUUAUAAAAUUGUAAACCCUAAUUCUAAAACCCCACCAUUAACUCUAAACCCUAAGGUUUGGAUUAAUUAACCCAAGGGGUAUAAGUGUAUAUUUACCUCUUUAAUGAAACCUAUUUUUGUGACUUUGAUCUUUGAGUGCUACUUUGGGAACAAAAACUUGAUUUGAGUGCAAUUAAAUUUUACUUUUAAAAAGACAUAAACCACAGAAAAAUAGACAUGUGGACACAAAGUAUCGUGGCAUUAUCUCACAUGGUCGAAUUUGAUAUAGGUGAUGAUUGUUUAAAUGGUUUUUAGAUUUUGGUUUUUGGUUUUUGCCUUCUAGCUUUUAGUUUUUAGAUUUUAGUUUUUAAUUUUUGGUUUUUGAUUUUGCAGUAGAUUUUAGAUUUUUGAAAAGCAUGAUUGGUGAUUUAGAUUUUAGUUUUUGGUUUCUGAUUUUAGUUUUGAAUUUUGAAUUAUUUUAGAUUUUUUUUCUCUAAAAUUGUAUGAAUGAUUCAUCUAUUUUUAAAUCUAUAUACUAUUUUUAAACUCGACAUACAAUUUAUUUGAAAAUAUUUAAAUUACUAAAAGAAUAUACCACAUUUUCAAUAAAAUAAUACUGAUUUAUUAUUAACAAUAUAUGUAAAUUAAAAAAAAAAGUAAAUGUUAAAAAUUAAGUUAUUUUUCUUGUUAGGUUUUUGGAAAAUGUUCUUAAUAUACAUAUAAAU